CUUCAUUUCUAAAAGAGUUUCAGACUUAAAAUGUUAGGGCUCAUGCGAUCCCUAGCGGGACUAAAUUUAAACUGUGUAACUCAGACUAACCAACUCAGGACAGGGAUAAGGAGAAUAUCAAGUUUACAAAAUAACCUUAUAAACAGAAAUAUACUUCCACCAAUCUCAAGCACACUGGCUAACUCGAGAUCUUACUUCAAAGCAAUGGAUGAACAUGGUCGAGGAGAGACAGCAGCUGAAGGUUAUGGAAUCACCUUGUACAAUGAGAAAGGAGCGAGAACGGGGCUCAAGGCGGUGGAGCUCAGGUUCAAGAGGUUGGACUGGGGUAUGUGGAUCAGAACACGUGCUGGUCGAAACAAGAAAGCGUGGAAGAAGAACCAGUUUCAGCUGAGAGUCCGAGAAAAACACGUGUUUGUGGCUCCGUAUCACAAGCGGAGGUUUGAUAGAGCAGUUCUCUCAGAUAUUAAGGCGAUCAGACAUAUUCCUGAUGAUCCGUAUAAACCGUAUAACGAUCUUAGUUUCCAGCUAUACCACUCUAUAAAGCUAAAGAACAUGGAGCUAAUCAAAAAGUACGGAUCCACUAUUCAUCAGUUCCCCUGGUACAGGGCGCACUUUAAGAAAAAUCUCAUGAGGUCGGAUAAAAUGACUGGAACCUUUUAUGAACCACCGGGUUAUCAUCAGGAUGUUGCAAAUGGUGAUGGAUUAUAUACACCCUCAGAUAGAGCUCAGAAUACACCAGCUCCAAGCUAUGUUUUGGAGCAAAGAGGAGUAUCUGCAGUGCAUAGAAAAAGAGAACGAAAAUAUUGGAAAUGCAUCAAUCGUGGAGAACCUUUCUAUGGACCAAUUUCUCAGUCUCAUGUACUGAAACUCCCUGUAUUUGGAACAAGCAUUGGUUAAGCCUGGUUUAAGAUGUACAAGUCUGGCUUUAGUGAUGAGUACCAUCUUCUUGUAUUUUAAUUUCUUUUUCAUUAAAUCUAUUAAAAAUGCUCCUAAAAUUA